CUCUGCCUGUUGCAAAAGAGGAGCCGCGCGCGCGCGUAAACUGGCGCCAAGCCGCGCAUAUAUGCGACCCCAGGCCGCGCACUCUCCGCGACACCGCCGGGCAGCCGCCGCCGGCCGCCGCCACCAGCGCACGGCCACGGACUACCAGCCGGUCUGGCACAGCCCGCCAUCACCGAAGCGACCGGCGGCCAAACCGAGGCUCGCAGUCUACUCAGAAUACAAGAGAGAACGAGCACGCGCAGCCCCGAAGGACGCCGCUAACUCACCUACAAACGACGAACCACCGCCGCCGCCCCCGACGUUCGCGCGCAUUUCUGGCCAGCAUUUUGUGCCAAACCAGACCAUGGCCUCCAAUAGCGACAACGGCGACGUGCACGACAAAGCCUUCCGCGCCGCGUUGGCCGAGGCGCUCUCCUUAGCGAGGGACCCCCGACAUGUCGUCGCGUUAUCUAGAGUAUACGCCCACGCGGUGGGCGCGUCGGACCCCGACGACCCGCUCGCGAAGGCGGCGCUGGCGGCUGCGGACGUGGCCGUCGCCGAGGACCUGGCCGCGCCGACGCCGAGGGUCGUGCGCCGCGCGAGCAGCCCGAGCAGCCCGUACUCGCCGGUGCGCGCGAGUAGUAGUGUGGCGCCGGUGUCGCCGCCGCCGCCGAUGCCAAGCGUGGAACGCGCGACGUCGCCGGGCGUCGCCCGCGUAUUGUCGGUGGGGCCGGAUGCGAGGAGACCGCCCACGGCGCCCGCGCCGCCCCGACUCGCGUCCGGCGUCACCCGCGUGCCCUCGCCGGACCCGGACGCCAGGAGACGUACGCCGUCGCCGGACCCGGACGCCAGGAGACGCCGCACGCCGCCGCCCGACGAGCGCUCGCCGUCGCCCGAGCCGGCGGUCAUGCCCUGCCAACGCUCAAAUCGGAAAGAAUUGCGGGACAGGAAGCGCCAGGAGGAGCGCCGGUUCCGCAAGCUCCUAGCGAAAGCGAGAGAAGAGUCCGAGCAGAGGACGCCCCACAAGGGCACGUCGCGGGCGAUCGCGCGCGUCAUGCGGGAUUUGGCAGCGGCGACGGCGGCGCUGGACGCGGCGUCGCGCAUCUCUCAACAAGAAGAGGAGCCUGAGGAGGCGGCGCCGCCGCGGUUCCGCGGGCCCCUCCGCGAGGACGCGGCCGUGGAGAAACGGCGCGUCGCGCUGGAGCUGCUGCGGGACAUGCGGUGUGGCCGGUAAUUAUCAUGGUGUG